CAGUACACAAACACGAGUAGCCUAUCAACACUGAACUCAAUACACUUCACGCUCUCUCUCUUCUCUCUCAUCAUCGUCCAUGGCCGCCACCAGAGCAAUAGCAAUAGCCAGCAACUCAACAUGCUCCUUGAUCGCCAAGAAGCCAUUGACGCUUAACCAGAAGCACUUUGUUGUUGGUGGCCAUCAUCAUGCUCUUUGCUUCAAGACCCUCAAGCUCUCUCAUUCCUCUUCUAGAAGGUUCUAUACCUGCAGGGCCAUCUACAACCCUGACCUUAUCGUCAAGGAAGAAGGCCAACCUGAAACUCUCGAUUACAGAGUCUUCUUCGUUGACAAAUCUGGCAAAACGGUUUCUCCUUGGCAUGAUAUCCCAUUGCAGUUAGGUGAUGGUGCUUUCAACUUCAUUGUUGAAAUUCCAAAAGAAUCUAGUGCAAAGAUGGAGGUUGCCACUGAUGAAGCUUUCACUCCCAUAAAGCAGGAUACGAAGAAGGGGAAGCUUCGAUAUUAUCCCUAUAAUAUUAAUUGGAACUAUGGCUUACUUCCACAAACAUGGGAAGAUCCAUCUUUUGCAAACUCUGAAGUUGAAGGGGCAUUUGGAGAUAAUGAUCCAGUUGAUGUCGUUGAGAUCGGUGAUAGCCGGAGGAAAAUAGGCGAGGUUCUCAGGGUCAAACCCUUGGCUGCAUUGGCCAUGAUUGAUGAAGGGGAACUUGAUUGGAAAAUAGUUGCAAUUUCGUUAGACGAUCCAAGAGCUUCAUUGGUGAAUGAUGUCAAUGAUGUUGAGGAGCAUUUUCCGGGAACACUAACUGCAAUCAGGGACUGGUUCAGAGACUACAAGAUACCUGAUGGAAAGCCUGCUAAUAGAUUUGGGCUUGGCAACCAGGCAGCAAAUAAGGAUUAUGCACUUAAGGUCAUAACAGAAACCAAUGAAUCUUGGAGUAAACUUGUGAAGAGAUCCAUUCCUGCAGGAGAGCUGUCACUAGUGUAAAUGCCAGUUGCUAACUGCUGAUGCCACUGCUUGCUUCUGAUACAGUUCUAUUUAUGACGUAGCAAACUUUUUUUUGUUGUUGAGCUCCUCGGUUAUAUUUGUUUUGACAUCAAUGUUAUAUUAGUCAGGCUCAAGUUCACUAUAUUCUACAUUUUAUGCAGUCAUUCUUUGCUCU